UUCUUUACACCCAAGAGCUAGAAGAAAUGGCUAAACUGGUAUGCUAUGAGUCAUGCUUCGCAUUUUGUGGUCAGGUCUACAGGCAAAAAAGAGGGGUUCCGAUGGGAAGUCCCCUCUCAGGAAUCCUUUGCGAAUUAGUUGUCAGAAGAAUAGAAAGACGGGUACUUCAUAGUUUCAAGGAAGAUAUUGUAUAUUUCAGCAGAUAUGUGGACGACAUCCUUAUUUUAUGGAAAAAUAAUAGUAGGGUGCAUGAAUUUAUGAAUAGAAUUAAUGAUAACGAUGAUGGGCUUAAAUUGAGAUUAGAACAGAAGAGUUCCUUGAGUGUGCACUUCUUGGACAUUAAUAUCCGGUUUAUGAAAGGGCAUUUGUCCACAAGUGUUUAUAUUAAACCUACACACGCCCCAUUAUAUAUUCCAUCCCAAUCCAUGGAUCCAUAUCGGUAUAAGAUGGCAGCCUUCCGAGCGUUAAUAAGGAGAGCCUAUUUAUAUUGUGACCGAGUCGCUGACAGGGAGAAGGAGAUUGAUAGAGUAUUGCAGGUGGCCCGGACCCUGGGUUACAGAAAAAGUAUAAUUGUAGGAAUGCCUUAUGAGAACUUACAACUGGAUGUUAAAAAAGAUUAUAUCGGCGUCACUACCAGAAGCUUGGGAGUAAGGCUCAAAGAACAUAGAUAUGCCAUAAGAAAAGCAUCUAAUUCAACGAUUUUGUCACAAAUGGCGCAAGCGCAAGGCUCUGANUCAGAUUUUAUUCAAUUGUUUGACUAA